AUGGCCGAGGUAAUACAGGAGGCAGUGACAGAUAUGUGGGGAAAAUGGACCAUCCGUGGCCUUGUAAUCUCAAGUCUUGCCCUUCAAGCAACACUUGUUGUUCUUUCACCAAAUCGAAAACGAACACGUAGGAUACCCUUUCAAUUUCUCAUCUGGUCGGCUUACCUUUUAGCCAAUUGGUCAGCUGAUUAUGCGGUGGGACAAAUCUCAGAUAGUUCAGGAGAUAAGCCUGAAGCAAACGAGUCGCCCAAGACAAACGAGCUUUUAGCGUUCUGGGCAAUGUUCCUACUCUUGCACCUUGGUGGUCCUGACACAAUCACAGCUCUUGCAAUGGAGGAUAAUGAGCUAUGGCUCAGGAGUUUGUUUGGUCUUGCCUGCCAAUUCAUUGCUACUCUCUACGUGUUUUUGCUAUCAAUACCCACCAGUUUAUUUGUACCAACUUCACUCAUGCUUGUGGCUGGAGUCAUCAAGUAUUUUGAGAGGAUAAUAGCAAUGCGUGGAGCUACUCUAGAAAGGUUCAAAGACUCGAUGCUUGAGGCCCCCGAACCUGGAAUCGACUACACGCGGUUCAUGGAGGAAUACAAAACUAGGAAGAUCUUGAAAGAGCGUAGCCAGUUAGUCAGGGUCCCGGAGGCAAAGAAAGAGAAAGGAGUUAAGGAAUCAGGAAGGUCAGAGUCAAAAAGGAAAUGUAUGACACAUCUGGAGGCUGUUCAACAUGCUUAUAAGUACUUCAACAUCUACAAAGGUCUUGUGGUUGAUUUCAUCUAUAGCUAUCAACAGUGGAUAGAGAGCAAGCAAUUUUUCCAGUUGCUGUCGGCCGAAGAUGCUUUGAGGAUUCUAGAGGUAGAACUAAGCUUCUUGUAUGGAACUUUAUUCACUAAAAUUGAUAUCCUGCACAACUGGAUUGGAGUUCUUUUCCGCUGUAUAGCCUUAGGAUGCCUGUUUACAUCCCUUCACAUAUUCAAAGCAUCGAAGAAAGAUGGAUAUGAUGGCUUUGAUGUUGGCCUUACUUACGUCUUGAUAUUUGGGGGAAUCAUACUAGAUUCCAUUUCCAUCCUCAUAUUCUGUUUAUCUGACUGGGCAUUUGCAAGAUUGAGUAGCAGGCCUAAGGAAGAGCUAGACACCAGUUUUGAAAAAAUUCUCAAUUGGCUCCUAUCUUUCAGGGAGCUGAAGUGGAAGAAGUGUCAGUGUCACAAGCAAGAAAAAUUGUGCCACAGCGUGCUUGAUAGACUCUUUAUAUUCCGGAGAUGGUCUGAGCACAUAUAUGCAUACAGCCUGAUUAGCUCCUCCCUGAAGAUAAAACCAGAGACCAUCCACCACACCAGGGCUUACAUACACAAUUCCUUUGACGCCAUCAUUAGAAGCUCGUACAUAGAUCGUCUCGUUCAUAGAGCUUUCAAAGCCUUGAAUGGCCUCCACGAGAAGAUACACAUAUAUAUCAUUUCUCUGUCCAACAAUCAUCGGGUGAUAUGUUGGAUGAUGGAUAAUCUUUUUUACCCUACCAGGCUUGCCCUUAGACUAUGGUCCUAUAUAUUCGAAUUUUAUGGCAUUUCAGAUCUGCUAAAUGUGAUACUCUAUACAUCUCAUGAACGACUUACUCAAGAGAUUUGGGAGUUCAUAUUUGAGGAGGUUAAACGUCGAUCCGUGUUUGUAGUUGGCAUGGAAAGCGCCAGCCAAAUAUACUCGGCUAGGGGUGACUGGGUUCUGCGUGAUAUGAAAGUGGAGAUUGAUAACGAGAAACUGCUGCAGUAUGUUACUGAUUUGGACUAUGAUCAGAGCAUCCUGGUGUGGCAUAUUGCCACAGAGCUCUUACACCAAACAACAGAUGUACCCUGUGCAGAAAGAGAUGCUAGAUGGAAAGAGCUGAGCAAAACUCUUUCGGAAUACAUGAUGUACCUUCUAAUUGCGAAGCCGUAUCUGAUGUCAACAGUCGCGGGGAUUGACAAGGUGAGAUUCAAAGAUGCAGCAGCAGAAGUUAAAAACCUUCGAAAAACGAUAAAUCAAUUUCAGAAGAAGGAUGUUGAGGAUCUAGGAGAUGCAAAGACGGCCUGUCAAAAGAUUAUGUCUGUCGUUAAGCAAAGUGAUGAGACCGCCAAAGGGUAUGGGAGCAAGUCUGUGUUGCUCCGAGCGAGCAUGCUAGCAAGGGACCUGCGCGAUAUACAAGUUAAAGUAAGUAAUGAUAAGAUGUGGGAAGUAAUGAGCAAAGUGUGGGUGGAGAUGCUUUGCUAUGCAGCAACUCACUGUGACUCAAAACAGCAUGCUGCUCAGCUCAACAGAGGUGGUGAACUCAUCAACUUUGUUUGGCUUUUGAUGGCUCAUUUUGGACUCGGAGAACAAUUCAGAACCACCAAGGAAGAUUCUAGAGCUAAACUGAUUCUGGACAAAACUACCACUUUUUGCCUUGUGUAA